CGAGCACGUCAGCGCGGAAGCGCCACUGGAAGUGUCAGCCGCUCUGCUGGAGCUCUCUGGAGCCAAAACCCAGGCUGGAGCGAGCCGUGGUGGCAAUGAAGCUCUGCCAUUCCAGCUGACCCAGUUCUAAGGCUCCAGCCAUCCCAUGGUACUGUUGCCUAAUGGCCACCCCAAACUGUCCCCUGAGCCCAGUGCCCUGGGAAUACAACAACUUCCUUCAGGUGAAGGUAGAGGAGGAAGAGGAAGAGGCUGAUCUCUCCCAGGGCAAGGAAUCCAGCCCCAGUCCUACUGCCUACCCUGAGGCUGCACGUUUGCGCUUCCGGCACUUCCACUAUGAGGAUGCAUCUGGCCCCCAUGCAGCGCUGAUCCAGCUGAGAGAGCUGUGCCAUCAGUGGCUGCAGCCUGAGUUAUGCACCAAGGAGCAGAUGCUGGAGCUGCUGGUGCUAGAGCAGUUCCUAGGCUCACUGCCUGCUAAGAUCCAGGCAUGGGUGGUGGCCCAGUGCCCUAAGAGUGGAGAGGAAGCUGCUAUGCUGGUGGAGAAUCUAACUAAGAUGCUGCACAAGAGAGGAUGGGAGCUGGGAGCUGAAUCUGCAGAGGCAAACUGCAAACAGAGCAACUCAGAAGAGUUGGGAUCACCAGAUAACACCACUGAAACACUCAUGAGAGGUGUUUCUCCUAGACCUGCCUUCGUCAAUGCUUGUGAACCUGAGGACAGCUUGCAGAGUGGGUCAGAGCUCUUAAGGGCCAUUUGGACAAAGUCUGUGCCCCAAGAGCUGGCUUUUAGGAAAACCAAACCUAGUAAGGACACUCCUCCAGAUCAGCCUGGCUCUGAGUGUGGAGCCCCAAGACUCAGUACCAACAUGUGGCCAGCUCUCCCCUCCCAAGAGAAAACUCCCUCUGCGGAGAAACUAGGUCUGUCGGAUGGGUAUAGGAAAGUGCCUUCAUAUACAUACUCGGAGAAGAAGCUCUCAAGGUGUGGGGAGUGCAGGAAAACAUUCCAGAACACCCUGGCCCUCACAGCCCAUCAGAAGAGCCACUCCCGGAAGACACCCUAUGCCUGCAGUGAGUGUGGGAAGGCCUUCAGCCGCAGCACCCACCUUGUCCAGCACCAGGUAGUACACACAGGAGCAAAGCCUCAUGUGUGCGAGGAGUGUGGAAAGGCCUUCAGCCGGGCCACCCACCUGGCACAGCAUCAAAGGACUCACACUGGGGAGAAGCCCUACCAGUGUGGGGCCUGUGGAAAGAGCUUCAGCCGCAGCACCCACCUCACGCAGCACCAGCGCGUGCACACGGGGGAGCGGCCAUACGAGUGCGAGGAAUGUGGCAAGACCUUCAGCCAGAGCACCCACCUCACACAGCACCAGCGCGUCCACACCGGGGAGAAGCCCUACAGGUGCGAUGCAUGCGGGAGGGCCUUUAGUGAUGGCUCAGCUCUUAUCAGACACCUGCGAAUCCACUCUGGAGAGAAGCCCUAUCAGUGCAAGGUCUGUGCGAAGGCCUUCGCGCAGAGCUCGUCCCUCAUCGAGCAUCGGCGGGUCCACACGGGAGAGAAGCCCUAUAAGUGCAGUGACUGUGGGAAGGCCUUCAGCCGCAGCUCUGCACUCACUGUGCACCUGAGGGUCCACACGGGGGAGAAGCCUUUCGAGUGCCGCGCGUGCAGCAAGGUGUUCGUCAAGAGCUCGGACCUGCUCAAGCACCUGCGCACGCACACCGGUGAGCGGCCGUAUGCAUGCGCGCAGUGCGGCAAGGCCUUCAGCCAGACCUCGCACCUGACACAGCACCAGCGCAUCCACAGCGGGGAGACACCGUAUGCAUGCGCGGCCUGCGGCAAGGCCUUCCGCCACAGCUCGUCGCUGGUGCGGCACCAGCGCAUCCACACAGCUGAGAAGGCCUUCCGCUGCGGGGACUGCGGCAAGGCCUUCAGCCAUGGCUCCAACCUCAGCCAGCACCGCAAGAUCCACGCGGGCGGCCGGCCCUACGCCUGCGCGCGCUGCGGCCGCCGCUUCUGCCGCAACUCGCACCUGAUCCAGCACGAGCGCACACAUACGGGCGAGAAGCCGUACGCAUGCGCGCUCUGCGGCGCCGCCUUCAGCCAGGGCUCCUCGCUCUUCAAGCACCAACGCGUGCACACCGGCGAGAAGCCCUUCGCCUGCGCGCAGUGCGGCCGCGCCUUCAGCCACAGCUCCAACCUCACGCAGCACCAGCUGCUGCACUCGGGCGAGCGGCCCUUCCGCUGUGCUGACUGUGGCAAGGCCUUCGCCAAGGGCGCUGUGCUGCUCAGCCACCAGCGCAUCCACACCGGCGAGAAGCCCUUUGCCUGCGCGCAGUGCGGCCGCGCCUUCCGCGAGCGCCCCGCCCUCUUCCACCACCAGCGCAUCCAUAGCGGGGAGAAGCCCGCGCGCCGGCCCCGGCCCGGGCCCCCAGGAGCUGCGGCCGAGGCCCCGGCUUGCACGGGUCCGGCUGCUGGCGGGAAGGCGGCCCCCCAGCCCGCCGAGGCCUGAGAACACCAUGCCAACCCUCGCGGACUUCCGCCUAACCCAAGUCCUGAGGGCCGUCUGCGCCUGCGCACCGGCAGGUCCCGUCCUCAGUCACUGCUCGAACCCGGGCUGGGAGACUAGGUCUCAGUCAGGCUCGCGGAACUCAGGCGGACGCGACGUUGUGGGCCGAGCUGGUGGAGCACAACCAAGAGCCCUGCAUGUGGACGCCGCUUCAGUGUUUCCUGACUUGGGGUGACCGGGAGGGGAGUCCGGCUUCAGCCGAGUCGACCGAGAAGAAUUUGCCUGCACACAGGACCGUGGUAGAUCCUCUACUCCAGGCCUCUGCUUGUCCAGGGCUUCUCAAGCUGGGUUCCAGGCAAGACGUUGUGCCCCGAGUCCCAGCUCCCUUCUCUGGGAAGAAGU